UGUUUCGAUAUUAUAUAAAGAGAGAGAGAGUGUGGGUGUGUGUUAGUACCAGGUUUUCUUUCUUUGAAAACCAAGGGAGAAGAAUCUCUGACAGAGGUUGAGAAGCCCAUCAGAGUCCCAAAACAAAAUCAUGAAGAAAGGAAGCUUGGGGUCCAGUCUGAAACUCUCAGUUCCUGCAUCUGAUCAGGCUACUUUUGCAAAGUUCCUGACUGAAAGUGGCACUUUUAAGGAUGGGGAUCUGCUUGUCAACAGGGAUGGAGUUCGAAUUGUUUCUGAGAAUGAAGUCGAAGCUCCACCCCCAAUCAAGCCAACAGACAACCAGUUAAGUUUGGCGGACAUUGACAUAAUCAAAGUUGUUGGAAAGGGAAAUGGAGGGUUAGUGCAAUUGGUGCAACACAAAUGGACUAAUCAGUUUUUUGCACUGAAGGUAAUUCAAAUGAAUAUUGAGGAGUCUAUGCGCAGGCAGAUAGCCCAAGAGCUGAAAAUUAAUCAAUCAGCACAAUGUCCUUAUGUUGUUGUCUGCUACCAAUCAUUCUAUGAUAAUGGUGUAAUAUCAAUCAUCUUAGAGUACAUGGAUGGAGGCUCUUUAGCUGAUCUUCUGAAGAAAGUUAAAACAAUUCCGGAGCCAUAUCUUGCCGCCAUCUGUAAGCAGGUGUUGAAGGGUUUAAUGUAUCUUCACCAUGAAAGACAUAUUAUCCACAGAGACUUAAAACCUUCUAAUUUGUUAAUAAAUCAUAUAGGCGAAGUAAAGAUUACUGACUUUGGUGUCAGUGCUAUUAUGGAAAGUACAUCUGGUCAAGCAAAUACUUUCAUUGGCACAUACAACUAUAUGUCUCCAGAGAGAAUCGAUGGGAGCCAGCAUGGCUACAAUUACAAAAGUGAUAUAUGGAGUUUGGGACUAAUAUUGCUCGAGUGUGCUAUGGGACGGUUUCCAUAUACACCACCAGAUCAAAGUGAAACUUGGGAAAGCAUUUUUGAUCUUAUUGAAACCAUUGUUGAUGGACCACCUCCUAGUGCUCCAUCUGAACAAUUUUCUAAAGAAUUUUGCACAUUUAUCUCAGCAUGUCUACAGAAAGACCCAAGGGAUAGACUGUCGGCUCAGGGACUAGUGAGACAUCCUUUUAUCAGCAUGUAUGAGGACUUGGAUGUGGAUCUUGCUGCUUACUUCUCCAACGCGGGAUCUCCACUGGCAACCUUAUAAAACUUGUUGGAGUUAUAGUACUCGAUGGCAACUUGGCAAGUACAAAUUCCAUCGGAUGUAACUGUAGUUUUGAUUCCUUUUUUAUUGUAGAGCACAGCUUGCAUAUGAGCAGCGUCUGCAGAUGAGUCGAAGAAACCAGCUCCUCUAGUUAUGUCAAAAGAUUCUGUGUUUUGUUAUUGAGUGAUUGAGUUCAAGAAUUUGUUGGGAAACUCAUAGAUGUAAGGGCCUAUAAAUUGCAAUGAUUGGCACUUCAUGAAGAAUUUUAAUGCUGAA